GGUGUGCUCAAUAUUCAUGAGCGUGGUCGACUAAAUUAAUGCCUCUCCACCAUACUUCCGAUUUUUGCCCAUCGUCCAGAAGCAAAAGCGAAAGCGAAAACAGCUUACAGAAGUUUGACUUUAGUUACUUUCGCCAUCCCCCCUCUUUGUGUUGAGUACUUGAGCCAUUGAAGAGGGGCUCAACACCAGCGUAGCGCUGUAACCCCUCCACAGGUAAGGCAUGCUCUGCGUGAUCAGAGCACUUGUCAUCCGUACUACCGUUCUGCAAUGCAACUUCGGCGAAGACUCAUAUCACUCACCGGCAAUGGGCUGGCGUGUAUGAGCAGAGUGCGGAUGAGAGGCGAUCUACCCUCUCUCUUCCCCCUUCCGAAGCUUACGCGGCACGCAGAACAAAGCCAGGACAUAAGGCAGCAAUCCCGCCCAGGCUCCCGGGAAUUCUCGAGCACUUCAUCACCAGCUUUCAACAUGUCAUCGGCAAACAGCGGAUCCCUCAAGGCUAGGGAUGCUUCAGGGCACAAUGCAUGGAUAGGCAGCGCCGGCGCCGCUGGCUACGACCUCAGGAGCGACACGAUGACCACACCAACAGCAUCUAUGCUCGCUGCAGUUCAGUCUUGCUCUCUGUUGGACGAUGUCAUGGGCGAAGACCCUACGACCAUCGAUCUGGAGAACCAUUGCGCAGCCCUGACCGGCAAGGAAGCCGGACUCUUUGUUCUGUCUGGCACCAUGGGGAAUCAGCUCGCGCUGAGGUCUCUCCUGACACAACCUCCCUAUGGUGUGCUGUGUGAUUCUCGCUCGCAUAUUGUGCAAUAUGAGGCUGGAGGCGUCUCCUCCCUGACGGGUGCGAUGGUGAAACCCAUUACACCAAAGAACGGCGUUUACCUUACGCUGGAGGAGGUGAGAGCGAACGUGCAUCUCGACGACGACGUGCAUACAUGUCCUACGCGUGUAAUCAGUCUUGAGAACACGCUCAACGGCAUGAUCAUGCCGCUGGACGAGGUGCGGCGGAUCUCGGCUUUUGCCCGCGAGCAUGGCCUCAGGAUGCACUGUGACGGAGCGCGGUUAUGGGAAGUAGCCGCGUCGGGCGCCGGCAGCCUCGUCGACUUCGCCUCUUGCUUCGACACAGUGAGCCUCUGCUUCUCAAAGGGGCUGGGGGCGCCUAUUGGUAGCAUCCUCGUGGGCCCCAAGGACGUGAUCAAGCAUGCACGCUGGGUGAGGAAAUCUAUCGGUGGCGGGCUGCGCCAGUCGGGCGUCGUCACGGCCCCUGCUCGCGUUGCUGUCGAUGAGACAUUCGGCAAGGGCCCUAACGGUGAGGGUGGCCUACUACGCAACACGCAUGUCCUCGCAAAGGAGGUCGCGCAGCUGUGGACAGACCUCGGCGGCAAACUCCUUUACCCGGUCCAUACCAACAUGGUUUGGCUGGACCUGGACGACGCCAAAUGCCCCGUGGUCGGCUUCGUUGAGCUUGGUAAGGAUGCUGGUCUAAAGUUCUUGGGGGGCAGGCUGGUCAUCCACUACCAGAUUUACCAGAACCGAGACUUUGUCAUGCCGAGGCUGGAAGGCGUCUUCAAGGCCGCUCUCAAAAACAAGGCCGCCAAUGGUGAAGCCCACAAGACUACCGAAAAGCCGAGAUCCAUGUACCAAUCGCAGUAGAGUACGCUAGAUGCCAUCCAGACGCGAACGAAGGAUUCCUUCGAGAAGCGAAGCUAACCGAAUAUGCUGGCCAAGAAGCCGACUUGCGUAUAUUUUCGCCGGCUGUCGGUCCGUUAUCCAGCUAGAUUUUGGUGGCGUCCAUCUGCGGCGAAAAACUCAAAAGCAGUGGCAUGACGCUGUUGGCCGGCACCGUCUAGCCUUCUACAAAGAAAAGCAAAGAAAGGCCGACGAUUCGGGGUAAACAAAGGCCGGCGGUGCCGGAGUGUAGCCAGUUAUAGAAUACACCUUUGACUCGAGUUGGCUGUGUUUGGAGGCUCUUCAGGACUUGAGGCACACAAGCAAGGCACAAUUGGGCUAGCCAAGCAAAAUAGCCGGCGCCACUGACAUCGGCGAAAAUACAUAAAACCUCACCGAGGGGCCGCUGCAACUUUUUU